ACAGACAUGGAAGCACCAGGUGAAGACCUCCACAGAGGCUGAGCACUGCACUCGCUCUUUCCCACCGUCUUCUGUCUCCUUCGCCCAGUGCAUCCAGUUGAUUUACAUCUGCCUGGUGUCACGUUUACGUCUACAGCACCCAGAGCCUUGACUUCCUCUCCAGUGUGUGGCAGCCAGCAAUCACCCAAGCUGAUGAGGAUCGACUGACUGAGUUAAAAAUAAGUUCCUUUUUUCUUAUUUUUUCAAGCGGAAAGAAUGUCGGAAAGGGCCGAGGAUGACGUCAGGGGGGAGCAGCGCCGAGCGGCCAGGCAGCAGCUGAAGCAGCAGCAGAUCCAGCGGGGAGAAGGCUCCACAGCAAUGGCGACUGUUGCGGAGCGGAGAUCAUUGCCUAGUCCAGAAAUAAUGCUGGGACAGCCUUGGAGCAACUGGGUCGACGCCGCCAAACUCCACGGCAACGACGGUGCUGAAUCGGAGGAAAGUUUCAAAGACUUCGGGAAAAAUCGAGAAGCCAUGCGUUUGUGCAGAGAAGACAUGCCCAUAUUUGGCCAGUGUCCCGCACAGGACGACUUCUACCUGGUGAUGUGCAGCCACUGCGGUCAGGUAGUCAAGCCCCAAGCCUUCCAAGCACACUAUGAGAGAAGACACAGUUCAGUCAGCAAGCCAGCCUCCACCUCGCCCUUCCCCGUGUCGGGCAGGAACCGGAGCAGUGGCAGUGGACUUGGGCCUGGGCUGGGCUCAGGGUCUGUAGCUGGAGGGGCGAGUGGAGGCAUCCUUGGCCGACCUUCUACCACUGGAUCCAGCUUAUCCUCCUCCUCAACGUCCUCUUCCUCCAAUCCCAAACUCCUCAAACCAGCCAAAGAGAAGCUGCCAGACAUUCAGCGAAGACUCCCAUUUCCCUUCAGGAUGAUCCAGCCGGACAAGAACCUCACCCCGGCUGUCAAGGUGGAGAAGAUGCAUCUGAGGGUGGACUCGUCAGCUAAGCUGGUGCAGGCCCCAUCUGCCCCCUCCACCACUUCAUCCUCCUCUACAUCCUCCUCUAGCACCACUGUGAGCUCCAACACUACCCCCAUCACCACCUCCUCAUCAUCAGCCCUUAAACCAGGCCUUAACUGUCCCUCCAUACCAAAGCCUCCAUCACUGGCCCCGGGUCAGAUUCCCAACGGCAAGGGUCACCUCUCGGUCCUCUCAGACAAGAAGCAGGACAGCAGCAGCAGUGCCAGUAGCAGACGCCACCUUAACAAGAAAGUGACAGAACGUGAGUUCAAUGCAGAUAUCCACUGUGGCGUUGUGGAUAUGACAUCUCGGAAACCAUGCACAAGAUCCCUAACAUGCAAGACACAUUCCUUAAGCCAGCGGAGGGCGGUGCCAGGGCGGAGGAAACGCUUUGACACACUGCUGGCGGAGCACAAGAACAGAGCAAGGGAGCGGGAGAGGGAGAGAGAAAUCCACCAACCCCAUUCCCUGCAAAACCCCUCUCUCAGGGACCCACACCCCUCCUCCCACCUCGCCGCUGCCCAUGACGCCCACCAAGUUGCUCAUGGCAACGGCCCCGCCCCAGAAGCCACUAAGCCUUUGCCAGUCGGCAAGCCCAAAUUUCACAGCCCUGGUCUUCCACGACUAAACAGCAGUCACGGAGGUGGUACCCCCGGAGACCCUGCAGUAGUCCACGAGUCACCACACCAUCCCCAAACUGUCCCUGAUGGGUUUUCCAGACCCUCCAGUGACGAGGGAGAGAACGAGGAGCGGGACGACAAUGCUGACAAACUGGACUGUCACUAUUCAGGUUAUCACCCUCGACCGGCAGCUUACUGUACCUUUGGAAGUCGACUGUUUGGGAGAGGCUGUUACUCCUUUGAUCGGCGAUGGGACAGAGUGAGAUGUGCCCUAACCACAAUGAUGGACAAGCAUGUCAACUCUCAGAUGUGGAAGAAAAUCCCCUUGGCCUUGGAGAACUCCUCCUCUGUUGCACCUACCCAUAGGACAAGCACAAAUUCCCACGGUAGCACUCCCUCUUCAGGCUUCCUGGGCCCAUCUGCCACCUUGCCCCAGACUCCUUAUAGCCAAUCCUACGAGGGCAAGUCCGUGCUCUCCUAUGGGACCACCUUAAAUGCCCGCAGCUCCCCACAGGGCGGGGCUGAGCACCCGGCCUACGGCAUUACGCAGGCCCGACAAGUGUCUUCGUCGCCGCAGAUGCCUUCAGCCCACUCGUCCUCAUCCUCUUCUUCUUCAGCUCCUUCCCUAGCCUCAGGCCGGGCGCUGAAGUCCCGUUCCUCCAGCAGCAGCACUACCAAGUCGACGUCGUCCUUCAGGCCCAAGGAGAUCUCUGGCUCCUCCACACCUGUCAUCCCCAACUCCACUGGUGGGGGCAGCAGUGGAGCCAACAGUAACAGUAGCAGCACUAGCUUCAGCUCGGGGAAGAAGAGGAAGAACAGCUCUAUUCUCUCUUCAUCCCAUGGCCCCUCUGAAUCCUCCUCUUCUAAUGCCAACUAUUCUUCCUCCUCCUCCUCUUUCAAGAAGAACUGUGCAAAUGUCGGCAGCUCAGGGAGCACCUACCACCACAGCUCAUUAGGUCCUUCAUCCUCAUCGUCGUUAUCCUCCUCCCACAGCGGAGUCCACAGCGUGGGGCUUAACUGUGGCCCCACUGUGCGGACCAACUCACUUAGCCUCAAGGCCGAGCCUUCUGGAGGUUCAGCAGGCGGCUCGUCUGGGCCGCCAGCACGAGGUCCUCCCUCGGGCAGCCCUGCAGAGUCCAUCAAGCGUAUGAGUGUGGUGAUGAACAGCAGUGACUCCACCCUUUCCCUGGGGCCCUUUGUCCACCACCAGUCCUCAUCCGACCACCACACCAGCUUCAGCCACCACUCCUCGGACGGGCGCCUGGAGGGCAAGAAGCGCAAAAGCUCUCCUGCCUCCAGCGGCAUUAAUAGUGGAGGUGGGGCAGGAGGGCUCGGAGGAGCAGGAGGAGGAGGAGGAGUAGGGGGACCUGGACCAGGUAGACCCAAAGUGGCCAAGUCACCUGCCAUUAACAACAUCCAUGGGAAGCAUGGACGGAGCAUUCCAGGGACACCAGGGCUACCAAACAACUCCCAUUUACAUCAGCCAAAGGCUCGUCCCUGACAGCGGUGUCCGGCUUCUGUGUAUGGAACCGGCAGGUGGACGGGGAAUAGUCCGGAGCAGUCCACAUACCGCUCUGGACUGCACGAGGCCUUCUAAAAUCAAACCCACAUUACUCUCAGCUUCCCACAAUCCUCAGGGUGGAGAUGAUCUGGACUGCCCAGUGAAGUCAAUGUGGUCCUUACUAUUUCUCCCAAAGCCAUGUGUGUCUGUCUGUGUGUGUGUGUGUGUGUGUGUGUGUGUGCGUGCGCGUGCGCGUGUGGAAGAGAGGGCGAUGACACUGCAUGGGGAUAGCGUGGAGCCCCAGGGGUCUAAUGAGCGAGCCAAGGACCCCCCACGCCAAGUGUUGUCCCAGUAUUCUGAGAGGUCUUCCUGUCUGGUUGGAACAAUAGCAACAACCAUGGGUCUCUUGAGCCGCGGUUCAAAGCUCAUUGGGUUCAGGUUAAGGGCUGCCACAACAAGCAGUCAUGAUGCUAAGCAACUGGGGAGACAACAAGCUGAUCUCUUCAGUGUUAGUUGGAAUGAGUGUGUGAAUGUGCGUGCGUGUACAAGGAUUUUUCUCAUGUCAGAUUCUGCUGGACUACUGGAAUUUCCAACUUAAUUACACCCCCAGCGCCUGAUCUCAGAAGCCUUGGAAGGAGAGCAGGAGGAGCAGCAGCAAACUGUUACUUGCAACACCUUAAACAACACACAAUCACCUUGUUGUUUCACUUUCCAUUAGUCUGACUCUCUGGUGACAUGUUGAGUAACCUCGGGCUGCACGCAGUAGCCUGAGAGGAGCCCAUAGGGACGAUCUGGUCAAUUCUUUUAUUAUCCAGAAAAAUUAUGCAAGUGUUACCUUUUUAUGAUUUCUUAUGAGCUUUUUACACUGAACUACAAAGAGUCUUUGUAGACGUGGUGGAGACAGUUGUGUUUUCAAAUGUGAAAAGGACGCCCGAUGUGCCCAUUCGAUUGAAUCUUUUGUCAGGAGGAGAUAGCUUGGUCUUGAGGACACCUGUUAGUUUUCUGAAUCUUUUCAUUGUGCAAAAUGAUCGCCACAGUAGACCUACCCCCAACUGUGAACAGCACUAAAUAACUACUUUCUCCACAGGCACUGCUUAGUUGUCCACAAAGCUAGCCAAAAGCUGCUAUCAGCUUUGCCAACUACUUUUUUUUUUUUUUUUAACUAAAAGGUGGGCUGUCUUGCUCAUGAAGCGGUGAUGGUGCAUUGCCUGUGUGGACAUGAAGAAAAUCUGUGCAAACCGUAUUUGUUAUUGCCACAACUUAUCUACUUUUUACCCAUACAGCUGUGUGAAAUCCACAGCUGCCGUGGGCAGAUGUGAAUUGUAAUGUUUAUUUUUCCUACAUAGGGAAUCAGGUAUGGUACGUCUUAACUGGAGCAAACUUUAUGCACGUCACCUGUCUUCUGUCGGUUUGAUUGUCCCUCUUAUGUGUAACCACUACCCAAGCUCUGGAUGUUAAAGUUCAAAUGCCUCACGGUUUAACACUAUGUUGGUGUGUGUUGAGAAAAGAUUUGUCACAGUAGAACGAAUAGCCAGGCAUUAUACUCUAUUCCUUUGUCAAAAUGGAGUCUUAAAUCAGGCAAACUCGCCCAUCUUGUUGGGAUGUUUGCUUACUUUGAGUCAUCUCGAGUGGGGUUUUAUGGUGCGAGAUUCAUAGAGAUGGCUUCACGGGACAUAUUUAAACUUUUUGGCAACAGCUGUUGAUUUAUGGAACCUCCACUGAUGUCAGAUAGUGUGGAAAAGUAGAGACAAUUUUUUUAAAAGAACCUUAAUUUAGCUUUUUUCUUGUAGCCUAUGUAUCAAACAAGUAUUGAAGUAUCCCUAUUUGAGAAUACAUAUUUUGUUAACAAAUUGUACAUAGUGAAAUAUGUAUUUUUGCACAGGCAUUUUUCGUACACGCUGAAUUUUUGGUACAAUUUAAAAAAAACAAAAAAAAAUUAAAAAUAAUAAAUAAGUCAUUAUUUAUUUAGUAAAAAAAAAAAAAAAAAAAAGUUAGUGGUUCACUGCCAAGUCUAUGUAAUGCAAUACGCCUAUAUGUAGAAGCUGAAGCAUCUCAUGAAUCGUGUACUGCAAACCUUUUAAGGAACAAAGAUGAAGUGUUGCCACUGUAGCAUGUGUCUGUCUGACAGAGGAUACCUUUAUUCACUUUUCAAGGUCUCAAUCACAUGUGCUUUUACAAGACAUUUUACGUUGCCUAUGAAUCAACACAACAACAAAAGAAAAUAACUAUAUGACCCAAUUAGCCUGUGAUUUUGAACUGUCCUGCAGGCUUGGAGCUGUGCCCAUUGUCUAACCAGUUUCCAUGGACUCUUCAGUCAUACACUUCGUAGACCUUAAACACAUUUCAUGAUUGAAACACUUUCGUUCUUUUAUAAAAGGCUGAAGGGACUUAAGCAAUCAUUGCAAGGAAGAGGAACACUUCAAACAGUCCAACUGCUUGCAUUACCGUUGCCAAACAAGUAAUUUGAAUCACAGCUUUUAAAGAAAUAGUUUGCAGCUUUUAAAAGAAAUAUCAAAUUAAGAAAGUGCCUGAAUUUGUUUCACCCUGACUGUUUGAGGGCAGUAUUCUUUGGGUUGUUUUACCUUACUUGAAUGUUCGAAGUGUUUAGGAGUUUGCUUUUAAAUCUGCCUAUGAACCCUAAAUGUGGUAAAACCUGAGCUUGUCACCUGCCCAUUAUGAAACACUUUAGUAUUGUGUUUUCCUUUGGGAAGGGGUGGGGUUUUAUCCAAGUUUUCCAAACAAGACGUGGGGAUUUUCUGUUAGCCUCAGCGUGUGGCUUAAGCCCCCUCUGGUUUACUGGGAUUUGUACGUUUGAAAAAAAAAAAAAACCUUCAAUCAAGUGUUUUGUUUACCCUCAAACUCAACUAACAUCUUGACAUUGUUUCCAAUAGAUGGAAACAUUGCACGGAUGUUUUUUUUUUUAUUAGCACCAUAGACUUGGAAUGUGAGAGAGAGAAUACAGCUCGUGUUUGGGAGGAGAAAAAUAAAUCCACCAUUCAUACUAUGUAAAAGCGUGUAUAGAUUUUUUUUGUAUACAUUAUCAAAAUCAUUUUCAGCUGGACUUAUGUAUUGGCUGCUAUGUAAUUCAUGAACAAAACAUAGGUUAGAAUUAAUAUUUAAAGAAAAAAAGAUUGUAUAGUAUAUUUGUUUUGUAACAAGUUUCUGUAAAUAAAAUAAUUUAUACUGCUAUUUAUAUGAAA